AAAUGGGCAGCUGGAUGCGAUUUAAUACAAAAGCUCACGGUUCAAAUAAAUCAAAAUAAACAAAAUUGCAUGUUUGUUAUAGUUUUUGAUUAAUUUUUGGAAGACUUUUAAUGUCUUUUUGUGUAAGAUUUUUCUUAUGGGAAUAUUAUUAGAUUGUUUUAAUAAGUAAAAUAUUGUUUAUAAUAAUAAAAGUUUAUAAUUUAUGAAAAGGAGUAUAACUUUCUAAUGAUUCAAUUAAAAAUUGUAAUUCAAUUACCUGAAAAUAAGUGAAUAAAUUAUAAUUUUUAGUAUAGUAAUAAUUAUUUUUAUGCGAAUCAUCAUAGAAGAGAUAUAAAUGACUUGUUUUAUGACAAAUAAACUUUUUUCUCGGCGAAAUACGCUUCUUAAAUCUGUGUUAAUAAAAUAUGUACAUGGCUUUGCCACCCAAACUUUCAAGAAACGACAUUGUUUUAAAAUUCUCUUUCCUUGGAAAAGUGAAGAAGAAUUUGGAAAUAGUUUAAUUUCGUCGAUUGUAUAUAAAAAAGAUGGAUUGAUAGCUCUUAAUAAACCAUUUGGAGUAAAGAUUCAUAGUCACGAUAAGCCAGGGGCUCGAUCAAAGCCCGGACAGCGCAAAAUAGUACCAACGAUUGCAGAGACUGAUUACACUAUUGAAGAUGCUUUGCCCAUUUUAAAGAGCUAUUUAAAGGCACCUGGUUUAUCCAUUUUAAAAUCAGCCGAAAAGUACACAAGUGGAAUUGUUUUGCUAGGUGAAAAUGAACAAGUAUCUCUUUGUUUAAAAAAAUCAAUUGAAAAAGCCAAACAACAAAAGACUCCUCAUCUCAUUCAUUGGAUGUUGACACAUGGUGUUCCAGUAAUUAAAGAUAGAAAGGAGAGAGUCGCAAUUAAACUCUUAAGUGAAGAUGCAGAUCAGCCUAAGCAACCAAUUAUAGUAUUUCAGUUCAGCAGAAGAAAUGUCAAAAGUCAUAUUCUACAUCCAGUAAAUGUUGAAUACAAAGUUUUAGCUGAAAAUAAGACUGUAUCUUCGAGUUUAAUUGAAGUUGCUUCUUCAUCUGUUGUCUACCACUUUGUGAGAGUCUAUGCCUCUACCCGAAUAGUUCCUAUAUUAGGAGAUAUUUUAUAUGGAUCUAGAAUGAAUACAGUUUUAGGCAUGCCUGUUCGUUUACAUAUCCAACAUGCACAAGCACAAGAUAUGCAGCCUUUACCCAAGAAAAUGUCUGAAGCUUUGGAUUUACCUAAAGGAUUGCACGGGCACACCAUGAUGCCUACUAUGCUCCAUUUCCGAAGUAUUUUGCUACCAACCUUUGCAGGUAAAGAAGAUGUUAUUAUAACUGCUCCACCCCCAAUACAUUUUCAAUGGACUGCAGAGCAGUUAAAUUUGUUAAAUAAUUGUAAAUAAAUAUAUUUUUUAAAAGUA